UAAAGGUUUUCUCUUUUUUGGUGAUUUUUUUUUUAAAUGUUGGCUUUUACCUCUUAAUGAAUGUCAGAGAAAAUAAGUACAAUUAUAAUAUUUUAAAAUUUUUUAGAAGUUAAAGAAAGUGUUCUAUCCCAUAUAUUUUAAAUGUAAUAUUUACUUAUACUUCAUAUGUAGUAAAUAGCUUGUAGAAAAUAUCAGAAGCAUCCUGCCAUUAUACCUUUCAUUAUAAAGAUGCUGUAAUGAUGAUAGAACGAAUAAUUGCCUCCCCAUUGAUUGAGUCCUGUUUAUUGAAACAGAGUCUUGCCCUGUAGCUCCAAUUUGCUUGACCUUGGAACACUUGUGUUGUUUCAUCCAUCUGAGUGUUAGGAUUACAAGUGUACAACAUUCUUCUAACACAUUUCUACAUUUGUAGUAAGUCUGCACAAUUCAGUAAACCAAGUCGGGCACAAAGUACAUGAACCUCUCUUAAAUGAAAAAUGUUUUUGGCAUAAUGUAAUUUUACUCUCUUAAUACUUACUGAAUUAUUACAUCAUUUAUCAUCUGGAAAUGUAAUUAUAAGCAUAGCAGUAUAUUAAAUUUUCAUCUUCUAGUUAACUUUGUUACUUUUUUUAUAGCCAAAAUUGAAGUGUUUUAUAACAGACUGGAGAAUUCAAGUUGAAUGAUACAUCUUACAGUAAGAUAGGAUUACUUUAUUUGGUCAGAUGUGCUCCUGAGUAAUCUGCUUUGAGUGGGAAGCUUGCACUGCUGAGCAUGAAGAGGUUGUUCUUGCCACAUAUGAAGGAGUUGUCUGAAAUGGUGACUGAGCUGAGACAUGGUUUAUUAGAAUGAACCGAAGCUGGUGUCGAGUGAACCUCUCAGCUCUGUGCCCUGAUAGACCUAAUCUUGCAAGGCACCUGGACCACAUAAGUUUACAAAGAAACGUGUCUUGUCAAUAUUUAUACUUUGAAGAAAUUCAAUCAAAACACAAAAAAGAAUGCAAUCUAUUUUAUGUCUGAAAGUUUUAACCAAUUGUUACCUAAUUUGGUCCUGAAAGUUCUCUGAUUAAUAAGCUGCUGUAUUUUCCCAUACAGCUGUGCUUACAGUGUAAAAGAAACAAAAUCUGGAAACAAAAAUAUUCUGUAUAGUACAACGUAAUUUAGCUUUUAAAAUUAUUUAGAUUUAACUGUGUGUCUGGGCUAAUGAUAAUUUUGGUUUACUAAACUUUUAGUAAUUAUGUAGCUAGCUAUGAUUUAGAUUCUUACAUCUUUAAAGAUUAGCAGAAAAAGUAAAAACUUCAGUUGCUAGAAUUCUAACCCACACAUUUUCCCAUUGAUAACAUGUUUACGAUUUCAAAGUCAUGUCCAGUGAUUAGUGGAGCAGUUAAGAUGUCGUCUUUGUUUUAGGAAGAAUUUGGCUAUAAUGCAGAUACACAGAAGCUGCUGGCUAAAAAUGGAGAGACUCUUCUUGGGGCCAUUAAUUUUUUCAUUGCUAGUGUGAACACCUUGGUGAAUAAAACAAUUGAAGAUACACUAAUGACUGUAAAGCAGUAUGAAAACGCCAGAAUAGAAUAUGAUGCAUAUCGCACUGAUUUGGAAGAACUGAACCUUGGACCACGUGAUGCAAACACUCUGCCAAAAAUUGAGCAGUCACAGCAUCUGUUCCAAAUACAUAAGGAAAAAUACGAUAAAAUGCGCAGUGAUGUUUCUGUCAAAUUGAAAUUUCUUGAGGAAAAUAAGGUGAAAGUGUUACGCAAUCAGCUGGUCCUUUUCCACAGUGCCGUUGCUGCCUACUUUGCUGGCAAUCAGAAGCAGCUUGAGCUGACACUUAAGCAGUUCCAUGUCAAGUUGAAAACCCCUGGAGUGGAUGCCCCAUCUUGGCUUGAAGAACAGUAGACUCACCUGGAAAAGGAAGAACAGUGUAUUGUUAAACAACUAAUGAGCUAGUAAGAGUUAAGUAGUGUUGAGGACGCGGUGAGGUGACCGCAGCCGUUGGAGUGGCUCUUGCACCGAGAGAUUUUACUUUUCCCUUUUCAUACAUAACAAUUGAGCUGUUAAAUCUGAUGGGAAGGUAGGUGAUUUUUAUGUAAACAUAAUUUCUAUAAUUCUAAACAUAAUAAUUUUCCUUUUUGAGAAAUCCUUUUUGUAUUGUGAGGGUUAUGGCUAUUUCUGUAGGUUGAAAUAUUUAAUAUAGAUUUGCACUGACAAGAUAAAAAUUCAAGGCUUUUUUUGGUCCCAGAAAUGAGGACCAGCUAUAGUUUUCCAAGGGAAGUUUACAUGAUUUGUAUCAAUGUCAGAUAUUUUAUAUAUGAAUAUAUUCAACAUCUUUAAGAAGUUCAUGUUUGUGUAUUAUCUUAAAGAAAGAAGCUAUUUUGCAGAGUAAGUUUUAUGAUGUCCUGUAGUGUCACACAAGGGACAGCUCGAAUAAGUGACUGUAUGGCCCAUAGCUUGUUGCAGAUAUACUUUAAAAAUUAAUCUGUAACACUGUAAUUUUGUUUAAAUGUUUUUAAAGGCCCAGGAAUCACACUGUCAUAAUGUUUAUGACGUGUUUAAACUUAGGAAUUUGACAGUUGUAUUAGCAAUUUUGAUUUAUAUUAAAAUCUGCUUAAGAGGGGUAGGUUUGGUUUUUUUGGUUUUGUUUUUUUUUACAUGUGGACAUAGAAAUGGAAAUUCUUAAAAGUUUCUAGAGUAGAAAUUUGUAAAUUAGAAAGCUAGUUUGGGAGUAAAUUCUGUUUUGAUAGAAGAGAAUUUCCAGACCGUGUUCAUUGGCUUCCAUGUGUGACUAUACCAGUCAAGCCUUAAAUCACAGAUACGUGCCUUCUCUGAUGCAGUAAUUCUUGCCCAACCGUUGUACAUACAUGAAGAAAUCCCAAUGGAGAACAUUUGAUUCAUCUGUAAUGUUGGGAUUUUUUUGUCCUCGUAAAACCACACUUGAAGUGGAUGGCAAAACCAACUGUAGAAUUUUUUGUUUGAUUUCUCUUGAUUCCUCUUGAAGAAGGGGAUGAUGGGAGAAGUUUUCCCACUUGGGUAAUGAAAAGAGUAUGUAAAGUGUGUGGAGGUUAUAGGGAGGGAAAAUCCAGUGCUGGGUUACUUGUGCAGCACUUUUGGUCUUAUGUAUGUGGUUGGCUUGUCUACUGUGUGGUUCCUCAGUGAUGUAAUCUUGUUUAAAUGUAAAGUUCCCUUGAUUUUGUCAUACAUAUAAAUGAGUAUUUUCAGACAUACCACUUUACCUGUUAUUUCUAUUGUGUUGAAAUGAAGUACUUAAAAUUACUGUUAUACGUGAACUUUGUAGACUGUAUGAUGUGUUACAUAUGUCCAAAUGCCUUUUAGCUGGCCUUUUUAUUAAUAUGCCUGUUUUGAGUGCUUAAUACAAUAUAAUGUGAUUGUAAGUCGUGAGCUAUUUUAAAUCAUUCCUCCUGUGUAUGUGUCCUCUGAGAGAGCUUAUUGUGUUCUCCAACAGAGUGACGUGUGAUGGUUAGUGACACUCCCCAGAGUGUGCCUCUGGUGUGAAUCCUGUCUUCUUAUUAAAGUGUCUGCUGCAGUA